CGCUAGUGAGCGCUCUUGUAUCUCGUGUUGUAGCAUGAAAUGGUAUAAACAGUAUGCGACAUUCAUAAAUCUUAAGUAAAUCAUUUGAUAAUAUAAAUGGAAGAAGUGUUUUUCCUGCUAUCAAGUAAAAUACGACGUAAAAAUGAGUGCACGAAUUAGUACAAAUACUGAGUCAAGAAAAAUGAAUGAAGAAUCUUCAACAAAACGGGCUAUAUUAACAGUUAGUUUGGUAUUCGUUGCAUCACUAACUGCUUUGUCUUAUGUCUAUAUGAGUUUUCCAGAAUUAGCAGAGGAAGAAAAACAAUAUAUGAAAUUACCCUUUCAUAUAGAAGAUGCAAAAAAUCUUGGAAAAUUAUUAGGGAGAUAUAAGGAUCUCUAUUAUUUUGAAGUACUGGCAGGACUCUUUGUUACUUAUAUAUUUUUGCAAACAUUUGCAAUUCCUGGAUCUAUUUUCCUAUCUAUAUUAUCUGGAUUCUUAUUCCCUUUUCCUAUAGCACUUUUACUAGUAUGUACAUGCAGUGCAGUGGGUGCAACGCUUUGUUAUCUUCUGUCAUCGUUAUUAGGAAGAAAGUUAUUAUAUAAAUAUUUCCCAGAAAAAGCUAAUGAAUGGACAGUGAUGGUAGCUAAGCAUAAAGAUCAUCUUUUAAAUUAUAUGCUAUUUCUUCGAAUAACACCACUCCUACCUAAUUGGUUCAUAAAUUUAGCUAGCCCUGUAAUAGGAGUCCCUAUAGUACCUUUCACAGUGGGCACAUUUUUUGGUGUUGCACCACCAUCAUUUGUUGCAAUACAAGCAGGACAAACAUUACAUAAUUUAACGUCGUCUAGUGAUGCAUGGUCCUGGAAUAGUAUGAUUAUUUUAUGUAUUUUUGCAUUGCUUUCUUUAGUACCUGUGUUAUGCAAACAAAAACUCAAAGAAAAGUUUGAAUAAAUUGGUAGUGAUAAUUAUUUAUAUUGUGACAUUCCCCAGUGCUGCUUGCUGGAGAUGCAUUUUAUGUUCCUAUUUAGGAAUAUAUCAUGUUAAUAAAGUAAUUAUUAAGAAAACUGUGAAUAAUUUAAAAUUAUUAUUUAAGAGGAUAUAUUUUUUAUUCCUCUGCAUAUCUGAUUAUUUUCAAAUUAUAUUAAUAGAUUCAAUUAUAUUAAUAGAGAAAAUUUAUUUUUAAUCCGAUGUUAAUAAUACAUUAACUUAUUAUAUCAUAUUUUUUAGUUAAAUUGCAUAUUAAUCCAAAUUACAAUACUUCUUUUAUUUAUUUUAUUAUUCUUUUGAUAUCUACAAAUAUGUCUAUUUGGCAUAUUGGUCUGUUGUGUUUCUUAAAUAUGUUAAAUUCUUUCUUGUAGCAAUUUCUAAUUUCUUAUAAAAUGUUUGCAUGUGGCUUUUUUCAUUAUAUUUU